CAAGUGUUUACAAAUCAAUUUAUUAAAAAUCACAGAAUGCUGCAAAACGAACUAAACUGUAUAGGUUCAAAUAGUUCUAACUUAGUUAAGCACAGUCAGUCGCAAAAUUCUCACCAAAGUAGCCGCGUUAAGUUUCUUAUUGUUUUAAUGGUGUUAAACGGUGGUGGUUCGCGCAACGGCGCACAUGCUCGUGCCUUUGCAGGUGGUGCUGCGUUUGCUGGUGGUGCUGCGUUUGCUGGUGUACCAGGGGCAGGCUUUUUUCCAGGUUUCCCGUUUCUCCCAGGUACGCCAGGUGCUCAAGGUGCUCCAGGUCCAGCAUUCUUUCCAGGUUUUCCAUUUUUACCCGGUACUCCAGGUGCACCAGGUACUGUACCAUGUGCACCUUAUUUUACGGGUUCUACAGAUGCACCAAAUGCAUCAGGUAAUGAAUACAGUUAUAGCUUUGCCGGUGUAGAUUCAAAUGGAAAUUGCUUUGGUUGUACUAGAGGUAAUGGUAGAUAUUUUGUAAGUUGCAGGGAUGAAAAUGGUAAUUAUUAUGAAAGGAGUGGUGAUUCACAAUCGUCAUAAAAUGUAGUACACUUUCUACAUUGUCAAUAUAUAUAAAUAUACAAUUUAUAUAGUCA